CUGAUUGAGUCCGCCAUUUUAGAAGAAGAAAUAAUUCAUAACAAUUUUCAAUAAAUUGCUUUUAUACACGAAUUCUUUUAGAGACAUCGCUAUUGUCAUUAUCAUGGCCAGAGAGUAGGAGUUGUACUGGAUUUGUUAUCAUAUGAGAGAAAUACAAAAUGGACGACGACAAAGAAAUUGAGACGAAACUAAGGCAAUAUCCAUCGAGCUUUGACCUUUAUGAAGAAAUUCAGUCAAUGUCCAAAGAUUGUGUUGAGAAACAUUUGGAGAGAUUAGUUAAAGAGGUUGAAUCCAAUCCAUACGAUAACACCAUGGAAAAGCUUCGGGCUUGGAAUUUCAUCUCGUUUCUAAGUUUCAUUUUAGGCAAUGAAAAAGAUGCGUUUGAGUAUAACUCAAAAGUGUUAGAGCGAAGCAAAGACAAUAUCAUGGGUUUAUGUAAUAAGGCAUUGUUUUUGUUAAAAAUGCAAGAGAAAUACCAUGUUGUCCACGACUUAUGUAAACAGUUAAAUGAGAGUAGAAAACAUAAGGGCAAUAUGUUGUUUGCAAAGGCAGAAAAGGCAUUUCAUUAUUUAUGUUUAGGCACAAAACGAAAUGAAAAAUCUCGACACUUAUUUAAAGAAGUCCUUGAUGAAGUUCAUGAGCUGAAUAUAGACGGCGCUUGUGAGACAGAUGAUUCUGAAGAUAUUCUACUCCAAACAGACAAUUACUGCGUCUUGAACUUUAGUUACGCCCUUACAUACAAACGAGCGUUAAACUUAAGUAAUUGUCAUGACGUAUCUUCAUUUGAUGUGUCCUCACAGCUAGAUAUGAUAAAGAAGGCUUGUAAUAUUUAUGGUCGUAUCAUCCAUAUCGAAGGAGACAGUACAUGUCUGAAAUAUUACAAGGGAAGAUCAUACGUUGAAUUAGGGUCAAUUGACUUUGAUAUUAGGAAAAAUAAGUCUACAUUUCAAAAUGUAAAUUCCAUAAAGGAUGUCUUACCGGAUCGAGAAGAUCUUUGGUUGAGUACCAACGAAUUUUAUGAAAAAGCAGAAUGUUUUUGUCCAAAUGAUGUGUUUGUGUUAGAAAGAUGUGGUAAAUAUUUUCGAUACGUAAAUGUUAUUGACAAAUCAAUCUCUCUUCUCGAAAGAGCUAUAGCAAUACGAGGAACUUCUUUUUCCCAUCAUCAUCUUGCACUUUCCCUAAAACGACAAGUGGAAAGUCAUUUUCGACAACCUAAGUCGGAAAAAUAUCUUACACUGAAUGUACCAGAUAACACUGAUGCAUGUGGCAUGCUUAAACAUACAUCUUUGGACGAAACAGUAUCACUUGCCUCUAAUAUGUCAAUAGAUGAUUAUGAUAAAGAAAUACAUAUGAAACCAAAACAAGAAAACGCUUCAGCCAACUCUGAUGAUGGAAAUCUUUCAUUGAGAGGACGCCAUAGUGAAAAUCAACAUGACUUGGGAAAUAGGGUUAAUUUUCCGUUUAAAAAAGAAACCAUAAGAGGACCUUCUAUUGAAAAUUUUCGUGGCUUUGGAAGUAGAGGUGAUGUCUUAUUGAAAGGCGAAGCCAUGAGAGGACCUCAUACAGAACAUCAAUUACGCUGGGGAAACAGAGGUAUUGCUCCAUUUAAAGGAGAAUUCAUGAGAACACGUCAUAGUAAAAAUCAUCAGGGCUGGGGAAGUAGGGGUACUGUUCCGUUUAAAAGAGAAACCAUAAGAGGACCUUCUAUUGAAAAUUUUCGUGGCUUGGGAAGUAGAGGUGAUGUCUUAUUGAAAGGCGAAGCCAUGAGAGGACCUCAUACAGAACAUCAAUUACGCUGGGGAAACAGAGGUAUUGCUCCAUUUAAAGGAGAAUUCAUGAGAACACGUCAUAGUAAAAAUCAUCAGGGCUGGGGAAGUAGGGGUACUGUUCCGUUUAAAAGAGAAACCAUAAGAGGACGUCCUACUGAUAAUUUACGUUGCUGGGGAAACAGAGGUAAUGCUCCAUUUAAAGGAGAAAUCAUGAGAACACGCCAUAGUGAAAAUCAUCAGGGCUGGGGAAGUAUCAAUCGUAACAAGGCACAUUUCGGAAUCAAAUGUCCAGUCAAACCAAAGCUAAUUAACAAGGAAAAACACAUAGACACCAUCAAACAAAUAAUUUUUCAUUUUGACAAAUCGUUUGAAUUGUCAAGUAACUAUGGAGCUAUUUAUGACAAAGGUUUACUUUACAGACAAAUUGAAGAACAUGAUAAUGCUUUGGCUACAUUCAAGAUUCUCAUUAGAGACAAAGGUGGACAUUGUUCGCUUGUACAAUUAUCAAAUGCGUAUGAGCAAGCAGGCCUUUGUCUUAAUGGCAUGUUGUGGCAGUCAGAAGAAAAAGGUGAGCUUGACAUGAAAACGUAUUUUAAGAAGUCGAUAGAAAUCUCCUGUUCGAUUGUUUCGAAACUCCCGUUUCUUCAAAAUUGUUGGGUGUCAGCUCCAACGUUAAAAGAGUUUCUAUCCGGAAAAGCAAAAACCACUGAACAUCUUAAAGACUUAGUCUACCUGUCAGAGAAGUUUGAAAAUUAUGGCGAAGCGAUAAAAUUUCUUAAAGACAGGAAAGAACUGACUGUAGAUGAAAAUGAAAGGGCUAAAUUAGAGAUACAGCUUGUUGAAAACUACUUAAGUAAUGGAAAUUAUGAAGACGCUGUAUUUGCCUUAGGUGCGAUGGUUUGUCUACCAAAUGGGUAUGAACUUAUCGAUGAAAAAAUGUAUUUGCAGGCUUACAUUGAAGGGGGGGUCGUUGCGUUGAAACAAGAAUCAUUUAAAGUGGCAGGCCUUCGAUUGAGAAAUGCUCUUGAUUUCUAUAGACAUAAUCAAAAUGUUCAUAACAGGAGAGGUCAUAACAAUACUGAUAUAGAAGAUGAAAACUUCGAUGUAUUCAUUCUUUGCAAUGAGGACUUGGAGGAGAAAAGCAUGAGCUUAGUGCAUAUUUUAACCGCUUUUAAGCUCAGAGUAACGAUUAACUUUCAGGAAUUGUUACCAGGAACAUCAAAAAUGUCCGGAAUAUAUCAACAGUUUCGACAUUCGCACCACUUUCUACUGGUUAUUGAUGAAAAACAAUUAGAAAAUAUAAACAAACAUUACUUUGAGCAGAUAGAAGAAGUCAUUUUGGAAAGAAAUUAUGGUCAUAUAGUGAUUAUUAAGACCAGUAAAGAUGCAAAGGUACCUUCCAACCUUUCAAAAUAUCCAAGCAUGGAAAUGAACAUUGAGGCUGACGAGAUUCCUGAAAACUGUUACGAAAACGAGAGUCUAUGCGAAACGAUUAAAGCACUCCUGCUAAAGUUAGCAAGCAGCAAGCAAAGAGCAUAAGUCAAACAAUCAUCAAAAUCUAGAAAAAAUGUUUAAAUGAUUUUUUCAUGGAUUUGGCAAAUUAGAUUCACAGAGUUUUAAAUCAUGUAAUAUUUUGUUUGUCAAGUCUUCCUAACGAGCAACAAGCAAACAGCAAAAGUAAAAAAAUAUAAUUAUUUGAAACAAUGGUUUAAUUAAGUGAACUUUUAAAUAAUGUGGAAAAUUAAAUUCACAGUUUUGAACUUGAUAAUGUUUGGUGUGCCAUGUCUUCUUAAAAUGUCAAAGAAGACGUAAGGUUCUAUUUCAGAAUUUUAGAACUUUUCUUGAAUGAGGCAGUAUUCCUCUGAUUCCUUUUAAUUAUUUAAAUUUACUUAGUUUUGUAAAAGGUUUUAUAAUGCGUAAUUUGUUGUAUACCAUCAUUUUCCAUAAUGUUAAAAGAGACAUAGACUACUCAGUCUGCCGUUUAAUUAUAUCAUACAAUGUCACCACCAUUACAGUUAUCUUUCGCAUGUAAUUUCCUUCGUUAAUGACAUGACUUUGUUAUUGAUUUUAGAAGGCAUUUUGGCUGAAUGAACAUUGAUUUCAAAUGUUAAGUACCAGGUAUGCUAAAGUUUUGGUCAGUAUGAGAGCAUGAUAUAAGAUAACGACUCAAUAAAUGCAUUAUAUAUUCAACGUUCAGUUAGAUAACAUUUAAUCUAUAUAGAUAGGUCAUUAUCUUUGUAAAUUUGCAUUGUAGAUAUUAAAUUAUUAAUUAUGUAUGCAUGUAGAUAUAUAUAUUUUAGUUAAACUUAGUUCAUUAGAUUUUAGAGUUCACAAAUUUUGAAUUGUGAAGGUAAAGAUACAAAUGUAAGUCUGUUCUAUCUGUUCUAAAGCGUGUUGUUAAUAUUUUUUGUUUGUUCCUGAACCAAAUGUUGAACAUUUUCGUUUCACUAACUGUUGAUUGUCUGAUGGCAAUGCUGUAGAUGAGUCGAUAUAUUUUAAAAAUGUCAAACUUGAGAAAAAUGCUCGUAGAUCCUAUAUAACGAAUGUGAGAAAUACAAAGUACAUGUAUAUGUAUUCACAACUGAUGUUACGUAUGUCACGUCUUAUGAAAAAAUAUGGCUGUACACUAUUUUUAUUAGCAUACAGGUAUUUCUUCCCGAUGCGUAUUUUACAAAUUAUACAUUUUUGUUAUCCCACCACAAACAACGACAACGUAUGUCCCCAUGUACGAGUAUGUCCCGAUAUCGGUCACAUACGUUGUGAUAGAUUAUGCCAUACACAUUAUUGAAGUAACUACAGUAACAAUGCUACAAGAUACCAAUCGCAUAAGCUCCGAUAACGGUAGCCAAUUAAUGUUUUUACUUUGUGUCCAUGUACAGAAGCUCUCUAAUAACAAGUUCUUUUUCAGCAACCAAACUUAAGAAAAUUUCAGCCAUGACGAAAUAUUUGUACUGUUUCGUCUUUCUGAGAAUAUAUCAAUUAUACGGCAGCAAAAGACUUCGGUUAUCACAUAUAAGUGGUGGGAGGAAGAGGUUUUAAAAUAUUCUGUUCUACAUAAAAGUUUAAUUGUGUCCCGUACCUUCUUUAACGCUGGAAAAACUGAAAAGGCCGGGAGCAUGUAUGUAGUUAAUGCUUUAUGAGGGUCCAUCCGCCCGUAAGGGCACAAAAUUUAGCUUUGCAGGACCACACCCCUCGGCUUUAGUCAGGACAUCGGCAGUUGGUCCGCAGCAUAAGUUCCGAUCUUUUUUCGCCGUCCCCAGUCUUCAAAUCUUCUGCCGAUGCCCUGUGUCUUACGUACAGUGGGGAAGAGAAAAGAGGCCAAGAGGGUGGUCUGCAACUUCUUAUAUACGCGGCUUAAUAUAGCUCGCAGAGUGGUAAACUAAUUGAUGCAGAUGUAUAGUGUUUAUUACACAUCCUUUGGAAUAAACUUUCAGCGAUUCCACCAAUUCAUGUAGAACCAAUCUUACCAAUAUAGCUUCGUUCGAAAUCUGUUUAUAUCAAAUGCAUAUCGUUCCCCAUACAGCUUCAUUUUAAUUUUCAGAGUGAAAAGAAAACAACAUAUCAAAUCCUUAUAUUGUUGAGAACGAUACUUAUUCUAUUGAACUCGUAUACAGCUGCAAAACCUUUAUAAGAUUCGGCUAGUGCGUACUUCGAUAUAGGUUUGAUAGCUGUACAUAAACUCGUCCAGUAGAAUUGUAUUGAAUUAUACUCUACAACAUAUAAUUAUAGGUACAUGACUUUGAAAAAGAUAUCAUAUGUUAAGAAUAGUAAUUGUUGAAUGAAAUGACAAAAAAAACUAAAAUAAUUUUUUAUUAAAUGUUUAUUCAAUUUUUUCACAGUUGUGUUGUAAUAAAAAUAAAAUGCAUAGCUGAAUAAAAUGUUGUAUUUAUUUCAGUCAUAACCGUUACAGACUUUUCAUUUCCAUAACAUUAAAUCAUUCCCGCAACAUGCAUUUUUUCCUCUUUUAAAUAUAUCAAAGAGGUAUAAAUGGUACAUAUGAUGAAGGUAUAUUUCAUUGGUUUGUGUUACU